AUGUAUUUAUACAAGAAACAAUUAGAGUCAAUUUUUAUUCAAUGUCUUCUUGGUUAUUUUCCUAAAGAACUAUCUCUUAUUGAUUUUAUUUGUGUUUCAAAGAGAACAUAUCAAAGUGUUAUUAACUAUAGAUUAGAAUAUAGAUGGUUUAAUCAAUUAUCAGAAAAACAGAAACUUCUUUUUAGUGGGAUAAAAGAGAAGGUUAUUGAUAUAUCAAAAUUAAAUGAAAAUGAUAUUAAGUAUUCUACACUUAUUUUAAAUUGUGAAGAUUCAUCAAAGAAGAUAAGAGAACCUUUUGCUUCUCAUGUAUCUGAAAUUUAUAUUACAUCAAUCUCACAAAUUAACUUUAACGAACUUCCAUUACUUUCAAAAGUUAAUAUACUCCUUUCUUAUUCAGUACCCAAAAAUUUAAAAAAGAUAUCAUUACCUAAACAUAUAUUAUUUGUUAUUCGUGCUAAAAAAUUUAAACCAAUUUAUGAACUUGUUAAAUUAAAUCCACAGACUACAUUUAUUGGUUAUGUUUUUGAAAUUUCAGAAAAUGAUAUCAUACUUAUGAAUGAAUUAUCAAAUAUUAAAAUUUUGUUUCAACAUUGGGAAUCAUUAUUUCCAUGGCCUAAUCUUGAUGUAUCACGAUUCAUUUAUACAGGAACUAAAUUCUAUUUAGAAGACAUUAUUCCUGAGUCUUUUAUAAAAUUUGUUAUUAAACGUGGGUUAAUUGAAGCAUUCAUACGCAGAAAAGGAGGUUCUUCAAAAGUAUUUCUUGAUUUACAAAGAUCAAUAUUAGAAAGUAUAGACAUAGAUAAUGUUGGUUCACCUUUAAUGGUAUAUGUUCCACAAUCACUUGAAAUAAUUUCUUCAGAGUCACUAGUAAAUAUUGAUAUUCAAGGGAUGAGAUUAUGCAACCAUAUGACUUCUUUAAACUUAACACAUUUGAAAACUACGAAUUUUCCUGUUUAUGUUCAACGUUUAGAAUUAAGGAUUAAUACUAACGUUGAGGAAUUGAAUCUUCGAGAGUUUCGACAACUUAAAGAUGUAACUCUUGAUAGUUAUAAGAAGUUAGUUAUAUUAAAAUUACCACCACUGACAUUAAAUUCACUCAAUUUAACAAAUUGUCAAAGAAUAAGAAGCAUAGAUGGUAAUAAUAUACAUUCUGUAUCAAUUUGCCAAUGUCAGCAAUUAAAAGAAUUUAAAGUUAGUUAUAAUAACCUUUUCAUUAGUUCAUUCUCUAAACCAAUAAAAUUUAUUAUUUCUACUCAAGUACAGAAUUUAAUUUUAGAGAAUGUAACUGAAUUAUUUUCUCGUCAAGUCCCUUUCAAACUACAAAAACUUGAAUUAAAGUCAGAACCAAGUGAAGAACUAAUUUGUUCAUUAUUGAAAUUUGAAGUUAACACUUUAAUUUUAUCAAACUAUCAUUAUGGGUUAGAAGAAUUAAAAGUUAAUCAAGUUAUAUCUGUUUCAGAUGACGUUGAUAAUUUUGAUUUCAAAUAUCCAUCUGAAGUAAUUAUUUCACCUCAUCAUUCUAUAGAAAUAGAAACUAUCUAUAUUGGGAAAGAAUCAGCUAUUGAAUUACUUGUAAUAAAUAAAACUAUAGUAGAAGAACUUAUUCUAAAUGAUUCGCAUAUACGGUGUUUGAGUCUUAACUCUAGUACCAUUGCCCAUUUUAUUCAAUCACCAAUACUUGAAAAAGUAAUUAAGUUAAAUUCAAGAAUUGUUAGUGGGGGAAGUCUUGAAGGAAUUGUUCAAGAAAUAUGUGAAGAGAGAGACCCAAAGAAAGAAGAGUCAAGUGAUUCAUCUAGUUUUUAUUUUAGAGGGUGUAUGAGUGCAUUGAAGAUAUUAAAUCAAAAUAGUGAAGCAAGUAGACGUGAUCAAUCUCUUAUGAUGAAUAUGCAUGCAGCAAGAUCGUUAGAAGCAAUAUUAAAAACAAACUUAGGACCAAAAGGAACAUUGAAGAUGUUAGUUAGUGGAUCAGGUGGAAUUAAAUUGACCAAAGAUGGAAGGGUAUUACUUAACGAAAUGCAUAUUCAACACCCAACUGCCAAUCUUAUUGCACGUGCUGCUACAUCACAAGAUGACAUUGUUGGAGAUGGAACUACAUCUACUGUAUUGUUAUGUGGUGAAAUUAUGAAACAAUGUGAACCAUAUUUAAGCGAAGGAAUUCAUCCAAGAUUGUUAGUUGAGGGGAUUGAAUUAGCAAGACAACAUUUAUUUGAUUAUUUACCAAAAGUUGUAAAGAAGAUUGAUUGUAAUGACCAAUUAGUUCUUGAACACGCAGUAAAAAGUGUUAUUGGAACAAAAAUUACUAUAGACUUUGUAGACCAAUUAUCAAAAAUGAUUGUUGAUGCAGUAAAACUUAUUAAAAUUAAUAAUACUAUUGAUUUGUUUAUGGUAGAAAUCCAAAGUAUGAAACAUAAAUUUGCAACAAACACAGAACUUAUUAAAGGAUUAGUCAUGGACCAUGGAACUCGACAUCCAGGAAUGCCUCAUGAUAUAAGAAAUGUAUUUGUAUUAACAUGUAAUGUAUCUAUGGAAUAUGAGAAGAGUGAAGUGAAUAGUUCAGUUUGUUAUUCUGAUGUAACACAACGAACAGAAAUGGUAAAGAAUGAAAGAAAGUAUGCAGAUGAUCAAGUAGCUAAGAUAGUUGAUUUAAAGAGAAGAUUAGUAGAGAAAUAUGGAGAAGAUGUUGGACUUCUUGUUGUGAAUCAAAAAGGAAUUGAUCAACCAAGUCUUGAUAAACUUGCAGCAGCAAAAGUUAUGGGAUUAAGAAGAGCUAAAAGAAGAAAUAUGGAAAGAUUAACUCUUGCAUGUGGAGGAGUUGCAUUAAAUAGUUUUGAAAAUGAAAUUCCAUUUGAAUGUUUAGGACAUGCUGGACAUGUAUAUGAGACAGUUAUUGGAGAAGAGAAAUAUACAUUUGUAGAAGAAUGUGAACAUCCAAAGUCAUGUACUAUUCUUAUUCGAGGGUCUGAUGAACAAGAAAUUGAACAAAUUAAGGAUACAAUUAGAGAUGGAUUAAGGGCAUGUAAAAAUGCUAUGGAAGAUGGAGGAAUAGUUUUAGGAGCAGGGGCAUUUGAGUUACAAUGUUGGAAAGAAUUAAAAGAAUUUGCUAAAAAUGUUAAAGGAAAAGCAAAAUUAGGAGUUGAAGUAAUGGGAAAUGCAAUGUUAAUUAUACCAAAAACUUUAAUAGAAAAUAGUGGGUAUGAUGUUAUUGAACGAUUAUAUGAAUUAGAAGAUAAUAUUUUAGAAGGAAAAAUUGGAGGAGUUGAUAUUGAAACAGGAGCAUUUAAAGAAAUAGAUGAUGUUUGGGAUGGAAUUAGAGUUAAGAAACAAAUGAUUCAAUUAGCAAGUGUGCUUGCAUCUCAAUUAAUGUUAAUUGAUGUUGUAAUGAGAUGUGGAUCAGCUAAGAAUCGACCUGCAGGAGCUGAUGCUGGACAAUUUAAUUAA